AUGUACGCGAGGUACAUUCCACCUGCGAAGCCUGCGGGCGCGCCGAAAGCGACAACAUCUUCGCAGCCCCCGGCACCAAGCCCAACACCUGCCGCCACGCCGCAAGCUGUGGGCGCCCCAGGCUUCAGCUAUGCUCGGUACGUGCCUGGAGCCAAUGCCAGUCCGAAGCCGCCUGUGACGCCAGCCGUGCAUUACUUCGACGACGAGGAGCCGACGCCGUCCAGCGUCAAGCGAAAGCGCAUUGUUAAUGAGGAGGGGGAGACAGACUCCUCCGCCAAGAAACCCAAGAAGACGCAAAAGGGCGAGAAGUCGCCGGGACGCGAGACCAAUGGCGUUAGCAGUUCAAAGAACGACGACGCAGAAGGCACGGAAUCGCGCGAGGUGGCCAAGAGUGGAAAGGAACGAAAAGGGAAGAAAGAGAAGAAGCAGAAGAAGCAGAAGGAGCCCGAUAACGACAUGGAAGUCGAGGAUCAGCAAUCGACAUUGAAUGGCGACACCAUGGACGCAGAGCGAAUCACCGAGUCCAAGGCAGAGCGCAAGGCGAAGAAAGGGAAGAAGUCGGACGACAGCAAGAGCGAUAAGCAACCAGACCGGGACGAGGUCGUGGAGGAUCCAUCCGAGCCGAAGGAGAAGCGGAAAAAGGAGAAGAAGAAGGCGGAGUUGGAGAACGGAUACACGACAGAGGAAACCGACAAACGACACAAGACAGUCCUGGAGCGCAAGACCAAAUCGCUCAAGCUGGCUGACAAGGCGGCCGCUGAGGCGGUGUCAGAGUCGGAAGAGGAGCCAGAAGAGGUGCACGACCUCGAGCCGUUGCCUCAACCGAAGCUGGUAUCCGCGGAGACACCCAACCCAACAUACGAGACGUUGCCCGGAUGGCUGGCCGAUCCUAUCCGCGUGGCUCAGGAUACAAGGACUCCUUUCUCGGAACUCGGUCUCCUCCCCAAAGCUGCGCGCGUGCUGGAGGAGAAGGGGUUCCCGGAUGCCUUUGCCGUCCAGACAAAGGCGAUCCCUCUGUUACUACCGACCAGCAAGCAACGACCCGGGGACCUGCUAAUUUCUGCGGCCACCGGAUCUGGAAAGACACUGGCGUACGCUUUGCCGAUUGUCAGGGAUAUCAGUCAGGGCCUCGUCACCAGGCUCAGAGCGCUCGUUGUGCUUCCCACGCGAGAGCUGGUCAAGCAGGCGCAGGAUGUCUUUGAGCUCUGUGCCAAGGCUUACGAAGGUGGCGACCGCAAGCGAGUCCGCAUCGGCGUCGCAAUUGGCAGUCAGACCCUCAAGUCAGAGCAAGCGCAUCUGAUGGAGCAACAAUCACGAUAUGACCCGGAGGCCUACAAGCGCAUACAGCAAGAAAGACAAGGAGAUCUGUCCGAUGUUACUCAUCUAUCAAAUCUCGACCCUGAUGAGACAGAUCCACGGCUGGGUCCUUGGGAAGGGGAGGUCGUCGACUUCUUUUCCAAAGUGGACGUACUUAUUUGCACCCCUGGACGUUUAGUCGAGCACCUGGAGCAGACACCAGGCUUCGAUCUUGAUUAUGUCCGCUGGCUCGUCGUCGAUGAGGCUGAUAAGUUGCUAGCCCAGAGCUUCCAGGGGUGGCUGGACGUGGUCCUGGAAAAGUUCAAGACCUCCAAGUUCACUGCGCGCGAGUUCCCGGACAUGGAUCUGGAAGGCGUGCGCAAGGUCAUUCUCAGCGCCACAUUGACCCGCGAUCUCAGCCUGCUCAACCAGCUGGCGCUGCGGCGACCACAGUUGAUUGUGCUGGAGAGCGAGAGCGACGCGCCGAUUGCGGAACACGCGCUACCCGCCUUGCUGGAGGAGUUUGCCAUCCGUGUGCACAAUACCAACCUGAAACCGCUGUACCUGCUGGAGCUGCUCAAAGCUGGUCACAUGAAGAGCGCUGGCGCUGCGCCGAGCAACAAUGAUGCCACCGCAGAUGAAGGCUCGGACACAUCGUCCGACGAGUCGGAUGACAGCUCCUCAGAAGACGACACAAGCUCUGAUGACGACUCGGAUUCCGACUCGGACGCAGAACCAAAGCCGUCCAAGUACCAGCUCAAAAAGUCGACGCUCCCCGUAUCUCUCAUCUUCACAAAGUCCAACGAGGCAGCGCUCCGUCUCUCACGACUCCUCACUCUACUCGACCCAUCACUAUCAUCGCACAUCAGCACUCUCACGUCCACAACGCCGACCAACGUUCGACGCAAGACGCUACGCGCGUUCACGACGCCCUCGUCACCGAUCCGCAUCGUCAUCGCCUCCGACCUGGUCGCCCGUGGUAUCGAUCUACCCAAGCUCGAACACGUCAUCAACUACGAUCUGCCCCCGAGCGCGGCAGGCUACGUGCAUCGUGUCGGACGUACCGCCCGUGCGGGCCGCACCGGUCGGGCGUGGACACUCGUCGGCGACGACGAGAGUGGUUGGUUCUGGGGCAAGAUCGCCAAGGGGGCGGGUAUCAGGCGUACGCAAAAGGUUGGCCGCGUCCGGAUUGAGGAGAUGGGCGAGGAGAGGGUGGCGAAUUACGAGGCUGCGUUGGAGAAACUUGGACAGGAAGCGAUGGAUGCGCGAAAGCGAUGA